CCUGUCAAAACCUACUACGACCGUCUUUCCCUGUCAAGGAGGACACGGGAGUUUGCAGGAAAUGCACUCGCGGCUCCAUCAGAUCUCGUUGCCCAUUGGUGAACUAGUCAGGUGUUGCAGGAUAUCCAACCAAUCACAGGCCGCGUUACAGGUGCAUGCGCGAGUCGUGUGUAUGUCCCGCUCUCGGCCAGGACUGCCACCAACAACCCGGGAGCAGCUGCAGUCCUUCGUGUGUGAGAGAGACAAUGACGUCAUCGGAAUGACCGGGAGCGACGUGCACUCGGUGGUGGCGGGCCUCCGUCCGGCCGGCAAUCACCACCACCUCAACAACAACAAUAACAACAACAACAACAACAACAACAACAACAGCCUGAGCGCCGAUCCCGCCACUCACAAGGCCAAAGCCGCGAUGACCUGGCAGACGGACGCCAUCAAAGGUCCUCUCGCCGCCCGCAAGGAUACCAUCGACUCCACGCGGCACGGAGGACGCGCUAUCCGACCAGUGAUAAACGUUAUCGAACCUGCCUCCUGCUCCUCCUCCUCCGCCGCCUCCUCCUCGUCCUCCUCUUCCUCCUCGGCCUCCUCUUCCAGCUCCGCCGAAGGGGCCUCCUCCUGCGCCUGGGGCGACGUCGGUGCGCUCGCGGCCUACGAGCACGUGGUGGAGAGGAUGGGGGAACUCAAUGGCACCGCCGACGCCCACCACACCGACCUGCUUUUCCUCAAGGGCCUCAUGGACUCGCCUAUCAUGAAGUCGCUCGUCAAGGUAAGACACUCUCGAGGAAGGAAUGUCACCGCCAUACCCAUUCUCCAAUAA